GGCAUAGCAGAGGCAGAGGUGUAGAAGAGAGAAGACUGAAGGAUAGUUCUUUUUUGUACUAGUUUUUUAAUUGCUGAGAGGAAAUUUGCAUAUAAAUUGAUCAAUUGAUAAGUCCAGGUAUUACUCAGGAAGUUAUUACUUUGUUGGAAAUGGACGGUUAACCCGUCAGGUGCGACGUGAGCUUGUCCUUAACCCUGUAACAACAUGGACGGGGAUGAGAUGAUGAAGGAGGAAGAGGUCAAGAUGGAGGUGGAGGCUGAUGGCGAGGACGCCACCAUCGGCCGGGACCCUCUGUGCAAUUCGCCCCCGCCGUCGUCCUCCUCUCUGUCGCAGCCCACGACGCCAACAUCUGCAACCGGACACAGGUCGAGGAAGGAGAAGCUGGUGGUGAGAAGCUUUUCCACAGAAAUCGACGAGAUUCAACCUAAGAUCUUAAGUCAUGCUGAAUUCUUCGGGUCACCAACGCCCGGAAAGCGACGCACUCGACGAACCGCGUCCGCCCCGGUUGCCUCCACGUCAAAGGCACGAUCUCGCGAGCACUCGCCCAGCGUGGACGGCGAGGGUAGCGACGAAGAGGACGAGAGUGACGUUGGUACGGAUAGCACUGCCAGCAGCGGAUUGAAUGAGGGAGGCGGCGACCCGCUCACGUCGAAUCCUGUGCGAAAGUAUAGGCGACGAAAGGAGAAAAAGAUGAAGGAAGAAGCGGCAGGUGAAGAGGAAGAAGAUGAGUUUGUGGAUGUUGAUGAUGACGUGGAAGUGGGGAAGAAAGGGAGGAAAAAGAUCGCUGGAAAGAAAUCAGGGCGGACCCGGCGUGGAUCCGGAUCUCAAGGAGGGCGAGGCCGUAAAACUCCCAAAACGCCAUCCGACUUGGAUUCGCCCGUAAAGGAGAGGAAGCGACGAUCACAAACGCCACGGGAGAAAAAGGCACCGUCCUCCCCGCAGCUCAAGACUUCUCCCAAAUACACUCGGCAACUGGCCAAGCUUCAACUGAUGCAUGCCAAGGCAGCCCUCGACAAGGCCAAGACUAGUCCGGUUGGUAGUCCGAAACAGAAAGUGAGGUUCCAGGACCCUCUGACUUCGUCGGUAUCGAAGAACAGAGUCGUCACGGGGGGCAAUCUCACCGCAAAAAGCAGCACCGUUGGGCCGAAACCACAAAGAUCUUCGUCUUCUUCUCUGGUGAGUGUACCCCCACCAACGGCAGCAGCAGCAGUACCGCCAGCACCAGCUCCACCCCUGCCGAGACGUCUGAUCCACUACAAAGUGCCAGAUAAGUUUCAAAGUAUAAUGGAUCGAAGUCAAGAGAAAAAGAUUGAAGUGGACAGUUAUAUUGAGUCUCUAAUUAAAACCCGUUCGGAACUGGCCGCUCAAUUGGAGGCCGUACAGUCUUCCACUAACAAAUACAAAUCCUCAUGUAAAAAGAUACCCGAGCUCCUCGCUCCACCACCACCACCAGCCGCGGCGUCAUCCCCCUUCACGCCCCCACAACCACCUUCGCAGCAGGUGGUGGCUCUCUCCACCGAGGUGAGUCGCCCUUACCUGGAAGACAGCGACGACGACAAGGUCGUCUCCUUCCCCAAGGAACAACACGAGCUUAACUACGCGCACGGCUACAACGUCCUGAGCGAACUGAUGUCUUCCUACACACGAGAAGACGAUGGGGAUGAACAACAAUCCAUCCUACGACGAUCAGUCGGAUCAUCAUCCAAUCUGUCUUUCACUAUGCCGGACGUUUGUCGCGAAACGGUCGCCCAGUUGAGCUCGCUCGUGGCCAAGUGCAGCGUCAAGUCUAAAAGAAAAGAAAAGCCGCCACGCGACGCGGAUAAGGAUGACGGUUCGACAAGCGAUUGCUCGUCGGAGGAAGAUUAUUCGCCCUUCUUUCAGCCGACGUAUCCUGAAUCAAGCUCCAUCCCGAAGAUGGAGUCGUACAUAAGGAAAGUCCUCCGGAAGUCGAGCCGAACUCAGGAGAUCAGUCAUCUCCACGCAUCUCCCCGGCAGGAGGGUGAGUUCAACCCGAAUUUUGUGAUGGGGUCGUACAUCGGGCCGGACGAGGAGACCGGGCGCCGGCCUCGGGUUACUGCGCAGGAGUUGGAAACGUUUAAGGAAUUGAUGGAGCCUUCGGAUACGUUCAUGUUGUACGACGACGAGCAGGAGAUGAUUAAUCUGUGGUGUGAGUUGAUGCGGGAUGAACUGAGAGCGAUCAAGGAGGAGAGGGAGAUGAAGGGGGAAUUGGAGGAUUUGUUGAUGGACGCGGCGGAGGGAGCAGAAGGGAAGAAAAUUGUCGACGCGUAUCCAAUCUUUGUGAAGCCGGAGCACAAGCAUUGCUUUCUCGAGGGGAGUUUAAUGUCGCAGGAGGCGUUUAUCAAGCAUGUUACGAAGGGGAAAGAAAACCAGAGGAAAGAAUUGGCCACGCGACGUCUCCGUAGUGGAAAAACGGUCCCAUUGAAAAAGAUUUAUAUCCCUGAAUGGAAAAAGAAAGUGGCGGCGCCGCCAGCAACUUCAGGAUUAAGCAAUAAUCGUAGCGAAGAAUCAGGCAAAAAGGCUGCCCCAUCAGCACCAGCAGCAGCCGCUUCUUCAGCCUCUGCUCUGUCCACAGCAACGUGUGGACCUGCGGGACGACUUAUGACUGUUGGAGGGCGACGAAUUCGUAUCCCUAUCCGCCGCACCAAGAAGAUUCCCGCCGCCGCGACGUUGCCCAUGAUUAAGCCCGACUGCUUGACUCCAUCCUCUCCGCUGAAAGUGUUGAAGGGGAUGUCGCCACCCUCCUCCAGGAUGAUGCUGCGAGAUGGGACGGAAGUGAGUCCAGCGACGAGCAGCAGCAACAGCAGCAGUCCUGGCGGAUCGGGGAGUGAUUCCAUGUGUCAGGUAGAAAUCCCGGCAACGCUGCGUGGAGGGACGGCUCGCUCCGUGGGGAUGGAGGACAAUACGACGACAGGAAGUCCGCCGAAGGCUGAUGAGUAUUCACAACGGGUUGAAGCCUCCCUGCGCCGACUUGAGGCCGGGACUGCCUUUUCUCGAGAGGAUGUCGACAUCUCAUACAUCGACCAAGGUUGGUCUUCACCUCCAACCUCGGUCGCAUCGUCGUCAUCAUCUACAUCACGGUGUCGAACUCAGCCGUUGGGAGGAGCACGUGGAAUGCUCGGGAGCAACCAAAGUUACGGUCCCGCGUCUCCAUCCACCAGUGCGUGGGCCGCUUCGAUCUCAACCGUGCUCACUCCACCACCACAGUCUUCGUCUUCUGACGGCGGAAUUUUCAACUUUUCUGGAAUAGCCACUGGAUUCAGUGGUGAUCAGGCGACUGACGGUCUGCCCUCCACCCCACCAAACAUGAUGAGCAGCGGUGGUGCUGGCGGCGGUGGUUAUCUUCCUGGUCCGAGUUCCUCCUCCUCUUUGUACUUCAAGCCCAUCCAGACCUACCCAUUUGGCUCGAACUCUCAGCAAGGGCAUGUUUUUGACAACUACUUGCGCAGGAACCCGGCCACUAUGCAGUAUCAAUUGGGAGGCAGUCCACUCUCGUCGCCGUACAACGGCGGGAGUAAUGCUAACUUGAGGAGUGGACCAUUCAGCGGUGCUAUGAUGAGCGGCAUAAACAGUCCGAUGAUCGGGACAUGCAGUCCAAUGGAUUCGACUAAGACUCGGUACUCACGGCUGCGACACGCCACACUCUGCCCACCCUUCGAUAACAACAAUUGUUCCUACAACUUCCACAAUUGUACAUACCCCAGAGCUCCGAACUCUCGCUUUUGUAUUCAUCACGUCGACGAGGGAGCCACUGUGAAUUUUGAACGGUGCAUUUAUGUGAAGGGGACUCGAGAAUGUGGCGCUUUCGUGCCCCGGUCAAGUUCGCAGGGCUUAUUUUGCGACCCGCACAGCCUCGCGAUUGCAAAUGCACAUAUGAAAAAGACUCGCCCUGUGAAAACCAUGGACAAGACGGAGGGGCUGUUGAAGCACUUGCGCUGUAAUUUGGACCGAUCUGAGGGGAAAAUUAUGGAACCAGAUGGCCAUGGAAGCUACUCCGUCCGCAAGGACUUCAUUGAGGAUGAGUUUGAUACGUUGAACAACUCGUCGGACACGGACGAGAGUGACGACGAGUCGAGUGUGGAACGGAUGUGUAAAGCGCAGCGGGGCGAUGACGACUCCGACGUGGAUGACACCGAUCCAAACGUGCCAGAUUAUGGAGCCCUCAAGAAUGCGGGUCACUUUACGGUCGAAGAGUGUGUCAAGAUGUCUCAAAGAGCGCUUGAGGAGCAGCGAAAAUGCAUGUUACAGGAGAUGGAGCUCGUCAAGCGGAAAUUCUCCUUGGGCUAUCGACAAUACCAGCAAGGGAUUCAAGCCCUGCGCUCGAAACGAGUCAACUUUACGACGGACCCAAAGUUCCUAUCGACCAACAUGUCCGGCCUGACGCCACAACAAAUCCAACGCGAAGUUAAAGUCCACAACGAGACGACCGCUAUGAUGUCGCAUCGGCGCAUUUCAGGGCAGCGGUGUCUCCUUCGGCAUGAAGUGCUGCGGCGGAGACAAGCCAUUUUUGAAGCGGCCCGCCCACCAGGCCCGGCUUCUGCGGGGAUUGAGUUCUCUCGGUGGCCAAUACAUCCGGCCGAGACGAAAGAGGAGAUUCAUCUCCGUCUCCGCCGCGCGAAGAAGGGGAAACCCGUCCUCUGCUCGUUUGGAAGUGGGCAUGAAAAGUGUGGCGAAAAGGCGGUCCAGCUGGCGCGAUUUUGUUGGAAGCAUAUCGCGAUGGAUAAGUCGCAGCAUCUCUUUACCACUUGUGGAUUCCGUCUCGGUCCCGACACUGACGACGUGUGCACGACACCCGUGUUCUCUGAAAUCGAGAAGUUUGGUUGUCCCCUACACGCACUGCCGAUACCGUUGAAGGACCCGCCAGAAAGUCAGAACAAGAAGGCGAAGGUCGAGGAGGAGAUUGACAAGUUGAUGGAGGAGCCGGGAAUGGAUUCGAGUGGGGAUGAGGAGGAGGAAGACGAGUCGAGUGGAGGAGGUGGCGAUGGGGGCGAAGAGGACGGUGCUGAUCGGCAUGAUGAGUCCAUGGUACGUGAGAUGGAGCAUUUGGUGGGAGACGAGCUCGUGGACGCUGACCACUUCAAGGAGACGCUGGCCUCCAUCUAUGCCCGCGGCAUGUACGAGACGGACUCCGAGGAGAGUGAAGAUACCGAAGAGGAAGAUGAGAACGGCGGUGGCGGAGGAGGAGGUCAGCAGCAAGACGGUGGUGGCGGUGAUGCUGGCGGCGGCGGUGCUGGUGGAAUGGAGUUGUAGUCAGUUACACCAGUCAUCCACUAUAAGAUACUCAAUUAUAAUGACCAUUCACUAAAUUACCAUUAGCUUUAUGAACCAAAUUACAGUUAUUUUGAUACAUACAGAACAGAGAGAUGUCUUCUUAUGGCUAAGAUAUUUAGGAUAGAAAUGAAUCUCAUCUAACUCCAUUGUGUGUGAACAUGUUCUUUGUGUUGUGAACAUGUCCUAUGUAUUUAUUGUUCUUCCAUUCUUGCUACUCUUAUUGUUUAUCAAUCUAUAUAUGUAAAUGACACGUGGUAUAUACAUUUGUACGUAUGAUACACGUGUCAUCUUUAUGAAUCUCAUUAUACUUUUCAAACUCUGAAGUGUAUUCAGUUUCUACUUUUUUUUUAUACUUAUCACUGUUCUGAACAUGUUCUUCUACAUAUAUUAAUUGUUCUUCUUUAUACCAUUCUGAUUGUUGUCAAACUAUAUAAAUGAUAUGCUGUACUGUACAUGCAUUUGUACGUUGUAUGAUACACGUGCUGUGUACUACGCGUACACGUGCUCCUUCCUAUGAAACUAUGUCUUUCUUUCCGUCUUCUAAAUUUCUAUUACGAAUUAAGCCAUAUAUUUAUUAUACUUUUUGAUAUUUAUGAAGAAUUAGUUAAUUUAAGCGUUGUGAAAUCCAGAUUAUUUGUCUAAAUAAAGAAUAGUAAAAAGAAAGUUGAUAAAUAUCGUGGUCUUUAUUAUUACAUGUUGAAUGUGAAUCUCUCAUUAUAAGUUAAGUUAGUUAUAUUUAGUACAGUAAAUAUGUAAUUGUAGAUAAUAUACUCUCUUUUUUUGCAUUACAA